ACAUGAGAUCUUCCUCCAAAUGUUGCAAUAUGACCUAUACUGUGUCGGUAUGACGUAAAAUCCAAAUCAAACAAAUAAACAAAUCUAAUGCUUACUUUAACUAUUUUUAGGUAGAGAUAAUACUGUUUAAAAUGUAUACAGUGGUUAUUCUGCAGGGGUUAAACUGUAUUACACUGAUUAUUGAAAUUAACGACAUGUUUAAAAUAUGGUAAUAUUGGAAUAUAUAAAUAUUUUAACACUACUAAAAUGCUUUGGCAUGGUAAGGUGCGUGCGCAAUAGCGGCCCAUAACAAAGCAACAUGAUGUUUGUCAAAGACUCCUCAUUUAUGUUUUCCGAUGUAUCGUUAUAAUUGCUAUUUGAAUGAAAGCAUGGUUUAGAUAUUCGUGAAUUUUAAAAGUAAAAUAUUAUAAUGGAAAUAAAGAUUUGAUAAAGAUUUUAUAAGCAAAGUAAGAUGGCGACGAUUUACUUUUUAUUUUACUUAAUGACAACAGUUGAUUGUUUUUAUUUUCAAAAAGACAACGUAGAAAUAAACUAUAAAGUAACAAGUUUUAAAACAUGCGUAGAUAUUCCGGAAAUGUCGAAGCUGUCCAUAACGAGCGUUCCUUUAAAUGACUGUGUGUUUAAUUGCGCGGUUACUUGGAAUUGCCAAGGUCUUGUUUUCAAAAGACGAUUUCCACUGUGUGAGCUUUACAAAGGCGAUGUUAGUUGAAAAGCCUGGAAAUUGCGUACAGAUAAAACGUGAGGACAUCCAUGACGUGAAUGGUAAUGGACAACAGUGUGCUGCAAACGGAGAUACUGCCUGCUCAAAUAUUGCAGGAUGCCAGUACCCAGAGAUUCAGAAUGGGAAACCAGAGGGGAACAUGUUUUCAGUUGGAAGUACACAAAUAAUUAAAUGUGACACUGGUUACGUUAUCCAUGGCAAUGACACAAUUAAAUGUAUGGAGAACGGAAUAUGGAAUUCAUUGCCAGAAUGUUGGAAAGAAUGUACGGAGUUGAAGAUACCUUUUGCUAAUGUGACCUGGAAUACAACGCAUGCUGAUAUGACGUGUUAUACGGACUUUGUAUCCAACAAGACGGAAGAUUACAACCAAAACAUAACGACAGAAACAUUCACAUGUGACAAACAAGGAAACUGGUCUCCAAAUGUGGAAUGUACUCACUAUAACAAUAUUUUGAAUAUUGCCCUGCACAAGAACGCCACUCAAAGGUCAACAAGUAAUAAUAGAACUGCUACCAGAGCUACAGAUGGAAUAUGGGAUUCUAACAUGACCGCAAGCAAGUCCUGUUCUCAUACAAAACCCCUUUAUUUGACAAGUCCCAAAGAGAUCCAAACUUGGUGGGAGGUUGAUUUAGAAAAAGAGUAUUCCAUACAGACGAUCUUCAUCUUAACAAGAGACGAUUUGGACACGAAAUCACGACUCCACAAUUUUGAUGUUUUGGUUGGAAAUCACAGUCCUCCAAAUACUCGUUGCUUUAAUCAUACAGGUGUAACAACAAAAGGCAGCAUAGUCAAAAUAAAUUGUAUCCCCACAAGUUCUGGUCGUUACGUCAGAAUAAAUAAGUUAAAUAGCGAGGGACAUGAUAGGGAAGAUAAUCUUGCCCUAUGCGAAGUAGGCGUUUACGUGAAAUAACGCUAUUAUAUUUAAAUGCAUGUUUUCAGGAGUCAACUCGUAAUUCAGUUCCUAUCAUCAGCGGACAGAUUUUUAUAGUGAUAAGUAAUACAUUUGCUUCAAAGACCCGUAUGCUUCCGCUGGUUUGACUAUUCUCAUAGCAUGCUUUAGAUUACAACACGGUAUAUUCCAAUACCAAUUAUAACAAGUUCCAAGAUUGCAUCACCAGUGCUGCCAAGGAGAGAGAUGGUCGCCAAGAACCAUCAACAAAAUGAAAUCAAAAGUUGUAGGGAACAAUACGGAAGUGAUAAAGAGUUAGAAAAGUUUUAUUUAUAAUUUAGUUUACAGUAUGCGUUUACAUAAACAAGACUUCUGUUUUGCACUUAAAACAUUUUACUAAAAUCACACAAACUUUACAAUUAUGUCAUCUUAUUGUUAUUUUGUCAUUAUACGUAUACGACAUGUAUGUUACAUAUCUUUCGCUACUAUGUUUUGUGCUAAACAUUACAGUAAUCUUGAACGGCAUUUCAUAAGGUUUGGCAUGUCACCAAUAAGUUUUUUUCCACUCACUAAUCCCGGCCGUGACUUGAUGUAGAGGGUCUAAUAUUGGUAUGUUCUAAUUUUGUAUAGGUUUAGAUUUCUGUACGAUUGCUUCUUAAACAAAAAAUGUUGAUGAAUCGACACUGAAAAAUAUAGGAAAAUCAAACAUGAAAAAAUGCAAAUGAUUAAAGCUGCAUUUGAUAAAUUUCAUAAAAACAAGCAUUUCGUUAAUAGAUUGGGUUUCAUAAGGCCUCAAGAUCUUAACAUGAUGUCAGUGAAUUUAGUCACUUACUCUAUUGUACCGCCUGUGCAAAAUAACAAACUAAGACCGUAUUCACCUUAGAUUCCAUGCAUGUUGUAAUUGUCAGGAUCGUUGCAUCUUAUUAACGAAAUAUAACCCAACAUAAAAUAAAACUUGACUUUGAAUAAUAAAAAAUAUAUUUACAAUAGAAUGUGACACUCCAUCUUAAAUACAUAAAAAGUGUUUGUGCAAUGUUCAUGUUGAACAUAUUGGAAACUGCAAACCGAAAAAAUUUUAGAAGGUUUAUCGAAAUAUGCUGCUCGCACAGAUUUAAUAUGAAGUCAACUCAAUAACUUACAGUUUAAGGCGCAAGUUACCGCAUGUUUCUUUAUACGAAGACUUCGAUUGAGCACUAAUCAUUUGUUAUUCAAAAUCACAAGUUUAUCAUUUUGAAUUGAAUAUCACAAUUAUAGAAAGUCUUUUAGUCAUUUGUCAUUUUAUUCGUCAUUAUUUUUGAAACUUUUAUCAUGGAAUUAAAAUAUAUGAGUGUAUAUCUUUAUUUUACUGUUAUUUUUUUACAUAAAUGUAAUGUGCGUGCGUGUGGGUGCGUGACUACAUGAUUUUAUUAGAUAAUAAUUCUAAAAAUGUUGUUUUUUAUGAUUUAAUUGUGACAGAUAAGUUUUGCGUAUAUAUUUAUUAUACAGAGGAUAUUUAUGUUUUGUCUAUGUAUAAAGGAUUUAUUUUCAUCGACUUGUAUGAAAACAAUAUUUUCUUAAUGAGUGGCGACAGCAACGAGUGAAAUAUGAAAAUUUUUGUAUAAGGAGAUGAAAAUAAAUCAUGUUUAUUAUAUUCUAUUUUUCUCAUUUUUUGCAUUGCCACUUGACAGACUUUCCCUGAAAGUUUGUGUUCUGGCAGAAUUUAGAAGAACGUAGUCCGACAAGACACCAGUGUAAAUACGGAAAUAUGUUUCUCUGCAGUGAAAAAUAAAUUUUUACAGUAAAAAUACUGAAAAUAAAAAUACGCUUUUUAUUUCAUCAAUAUUUCAUCUACAAGUACAUAAUAAAUCCCUUUAUUUUAAUCAUAGAAUUUAUGAUUUUAUGCCAUUCGAAAUCAGUGGUAAGUGAUCGCUGAACUGCUGAAUGCUCCCUAUUGGACCAUCUAUUCUAAAAUAUCUGUCGACUCGCAGGGGAACAUACAUUUGUAUUAUAGGAAAGGGUAAACACUUCAAACUAUAAUGUAAUGCAACGAAGUUUGUGAUAAUUAUAAAAAACAUUUUAUGUUGUAAUUCACUGUAACAGUGACAUUAUGCUAAUUUUUGUUGUUGUCAAGUCAAGCUUACUUAGUUGUUUUUUUUAAUCAAAAGUGUUUAUUGAAAUGAUCAGUGACCAAAACUUGAUGAAUUUAAACAUGUUAAAUAAAUAAUGAAUAAUAAGAAUAAGAAAUAAGAAUGCCUAGAGUAUAAACAAAACUUUCCCGUUCUUUUGUCAAUUCACCGUUACUCUUACAGUCUGAAGGAUAUUUUAAUUAAGAACUUUCAAUUAUUCACGUUAUGAGGUUCCUUGUAACAUUCUAGGUUUUAGCUUAUUUAUCCCUGCAUGUUAAACUAGUACUAGUCAAGUGUUGUUCUGUAUCUUGAAAAGUGUUAAAACAUUUUUGCAGCAAUGUAAUCCAGAACCAACAUACAUGUAUUCAUUGUUAUAUGUUAAAAAUUUCGAUUUAAUAUUAAUGGAAUUCAAAAUAUUUUUAUAAGAUCUUCGUAUCACCUGAUACAAAUCCAGACCACAAUUUUAGAUUUUUUGCUCACUUCAGAUUUUCAAUAUAAUCAUUUUAAUUUUGCAAAAUAGCAUACAAAGUAAAAACUUUUAAACGUUUUAACUUAAAUCUGGCUAAAAUUAAACAAAACUGAAAAUUGCUUUCAAACGUCCGAGUAGGUAAUACCGUUAAUUUAAAGGUUCAUGAAUGUGUACAAGAACAGGAAUAAAAAAACAUUGAUUAAUGAACCACCUUUAAAAGUAAUUACCAACUUGUAUAAGUAUUAUGUAUAGGUGCUUCUGUUUCUUGUUUAUGUAUUGUAUGAUCAUAGUAUUUGUAUUAUAUAUUAGUUUAUCUAGGUAAUGUGUGCUGUUUAUAUAAAGUUGUUUAUUAUUUAAUUUGUAUUUUUUUGUGAGAAAGUCGUUGACUUCACCGUUGUGGGUUCGAAUCUAGCCGGUGACUUAACAUGUCUCAUGCUAUAAAGCUAUUUAGCUAAUUAUAGAACGUAAGUGGUUUCACUCGUGCCCGUUCAUGCCUGAAAUAAUGCACGAAGGAUCUUCUUCCACCGGUCACGCUGGAAAGUCGCCAUAUGACCUUGACAGUGUUGGUACGAUAUGAAAAAGCUAGUAAAAUGCGAAUUUAAAAGGAAUUUAUAUUGCAAGCACGUGUUUAUGGUUUCAGGACGAUUGCAUUAAAGCAUAACCAAGUUCACAUAUAAAACACAUGCAAGAGACCGUGUUUUUGUGUGUUUUUGUUUUAAAAUCUUUUUAUAAUAUUUUCAUUAAAUGCCAUUGUUUUACAAUUAAAUCAUAGAAGGCAUUGUUUCGAUAACAAAUUGAACUUGUUUUUUCCGUUAAAAAGUCGGGUUAGUGUAAAAGAGGAUGGCAUCACGUCGUUUGAACUGUAUUCAAUUUUUUUUGUAUCGACUUGAGCAUUAUAAAAACAAGGGGUGUAAGAUAUGUUUUGCAUUAGAUUUUGUGCUAAAUGGUUAAUUUAAAGUUUGUGCAUUAACCACAAUCCCCUAUAUAAAAGUGGCAUGUCCGCCAUUUGCAAUAAUAACAUCCUGAAUACUAAUUUGAGUGUUAAGACAUGUUCAAAAUCAAAUCUUGGAAAUGUUUGUAUAUUCUAUUUUUGUAAUAAUCAAGCGACAUCUUAUUAAUGUCAACUUUAGAAACUGUUGCAAAUAAAGUGCCACUAUCAUAA